UUGAGAUUCAGCCCAUAAGGAUCAUAAACCCGUCCCUUCCCUUCAAUCAAUCGUCGUCUCCACAAGUUAAACCCUAGAGGCCAACAUACACAUAACUAACCUCUGGUGUUUUCCGAGGAAAGUGUUUUUGUUUAACAAUGGCGCUUUUGGCGUCCUCCGUGUUGCCUUCAACUCUGAAUUUCAAGGUUAAGCAAUAUCAACACCUGCCUUGUUCGUCUCAGCUCAAUAGUUUUCCAUUGCAAUUAAGUUGUCGUCGUCGAGUUUCCCCAAAACGUCAAAUGAAAAUAACAAUGGCAGUGUUUGGCGAUCCGAAUAAGAUCAAGGAACAACUCGUUAUCAUCAAGGACAAAUUAUGGGAAAAUAUCCCCGACUCUGUAAAAUCUUUUCCUUGGAAAAAAGCUGAGAAUUUACUGUUGGAGAAACUAAUUAUUGCUGGACAGAGAGCAUUGAAGUUGUCUUUCGUUACAUAUAUUGUGUUCAGCUGUCUGUCGGAUUUCAUGUUUUCUAUAUCCAGAAACCAAGAAUUGAUGAUACCCUUUGGUCUGAUUGUUGGAUUAUUUAUGUCUGACUUCUUAAGAGAAACAUCCCAAGAAGCAUUUCGAAGCUUCCAGCAGGGGAAGGACUCGGAAGUGAAAUGGCAGCUCUUGGCAAUGGGUGGUUUCUUCGUUGUUUUCAAGUUUGUUUCUGCGUUUUUUGCGAUACGAACAAGGGUGUUUCUUUUGCAUGUCUCGAACGGUGGAUUGAUGCAAGUUAUGUGGCUAUGGAGAAGCUUGGAGGCGGGGUAUGGAGACGAUUCGUUUUCCCUUAAAGAUGGAUCUCAAUCUUCUUCAUCUGGAGUUGCAGAAAGUCGAGUUCAUUAGGUCGAUCUUGGGAGGUUAUCUGUAAGUCGCACAUUGUCCUAGUUGUGCUGUGGCAGUUAGUUGAACAAAACAACGAGUGAGUAGUAUUUCAGAAGCCAAUGAUGAAAUUUCC